AUGACAAGUUCAAGGAAGCCAAUUAUUGGCUCAGUAUCGCCAAUGGAGUAUACCAAUCAAGGACAGCCCAGGGAAGUGAAAUCCAGAAGGAGAGUGAGACAAAGGCCCGAUGACGCAGAAGAAGAACCACCCGUGAUUCCUACCGAGGAUGAGUUACCGAUGGAUCCUUAUAAUGUUGCCUUGCGAUGUUAUCAAGACAACAUAGGAAGAGGUGUUAAUUACACCAAUAUGCAUCUAGAUCUCAUGAUACAAAACUUGAACAUCCAAUGCCAAAGUGAGUCUCUGGUCUUAUGCCUGUAUAUCCCGACAUGGGACGAGCAUUGGACAGAACAACAUGGAGGAUCCGACAGAAGUGGAGGAGGAAAUGAUGAUAAGUGA